UACUGAGCUACUCCGGGCACGCAGACUUGCGCCAUCAUGUAUAAUCCUUAUCAACACUCCGGGCCCUUUGGCAGACCCCCGGAAUAUGCAGGUUUUCCGGGUGCGCCUCCAGGAACAGCUCCACCAGGGAUGGCUGCUCCUGGGACCGGUCCACCACCGGGAAUGCAACAGGCUAAUGGAUCGCAACCCGGCCACCCAGGCUUCCCUCCAAACUUCCAGCCGCCGGCAAAUAUGCCAAACAUCAACUUCUCCGCGCCUGUGAUUCGACUCGGCACGUCUGGUCCUUCUAAAUCCUCCACUCCGGUAGACGCUGGUCGUGACCGAGGCGCGGAUGCGCGGCGAGGCGGUGCCGGUGGGGGUAAUUUAGAGUCACAGCGCCAAAACAUACGCGAGGCGAUGCUUCAACUACAACCCCCUACGAAAGAUGAGAUCGUCCGGACCAUCUUCGUCGGAGGGAUUACGGAAGGAAUUAGCAGCGAUGAAGAAAUUGAAAGGAUACUGCGCACGGCUGGAAAUCUGAGACGCUGGAUCAGGGCUACGGAUGCAGAUGAGAAGCCUUGCAAAUUUGGUUUCGCAGAGUACGAGGACCCUGAUAGUUUAAGUACGGCUGUCGAAGUGCUAAGGGAUAUCGAAGUUCCUGUCAAGAAACAGCAGCCACCCAAGGAGGGUGGACAGCAGUCACAGGAGGAUGAGAAGAGCAAGUUAUUGGUUGUGGUUGACGAGAGUUCUCUAAAAUAUAUUGAACAGUACAAAACCAACAGUAACCAAGACCCAGCAGCUGUUCAGUCACGUAUCGAGUCUGCACGAGCUGCGUUAGGCACUGUUUUGUCUGAACUUGAACAUCCACCAACUUCUCAAGGAGAUGAAACACAGACUGCUGAUCGUGAUGGUGACGUCACAAUGGCAGAUGGUGAGGAUCAAAAUGUGGCCAAUUCUGCAGAAGUUGUUACGAUCCCGAUUACCGUUGAAGAUGAACUGUCGGAUAUUCCACCUGAGAUGAGGGAAACGGUGGCUAAAGAGAUCGCGGCUUUCCGUGAUAGAAGUAACCGGCGGGAUCUUGAGCGACUCAAAAGAGAGGAAGAAAUUGAGUCGUUAGAAAAAGCAAGACAUGGCGGUUCUUCUCGAAUCAACAGGCUAGCUUCGCCACCUCCCAGCGCACCCACCGGCCCUGCUGGAGGUCCGAAUGGAAUACCACUAGGUCCUCGAGAUAGAGGCGUUCCAAAUGCGCCGGCUGGACCUAAAGGAUUUGGUCAACAAAUUCCAAAGGAUUACCAAAAGGGAGUCUCAUUCGUUAAUGGUCUUGGUAUCAAUGAGGAAGAAGACGACACCGACGCAAGCGAUGCCGAGCUAGAAAGGAGGCGUCAAGCGAAGAAAGCAGCUGAGGCAGAAAAACAGUUUUUGGAUCAAGAGAGACGGUGGCUCAAUCGCGAGCGUAGUAGGGCUGCCGCUCUUGAACGAGAGAAAAAUCGAGAUAAAGAGGAAGAAAAACGCAUGGAAGAGGAAAAAGAAGAUAUGGCCAAGCGUCUUAGAGAAUGGAAUGAUGAUGUUGAAGCAAGUCGGAAAGUGGAAGAUUACUAUGCUGAUCGUGGACUGUGGAUUCGGAAUAGGGCGGCGUUCCGGAGUCGUGAGAUGGCAAUGGAUGAAGCUGAUCGGGCCAGUGAGGAACGGGAGAAGGCACGAGCUAUGCAGCAGCAAGAACGAGCUCGCGGUAUGGCAGACGAUUUCCUCGCUCGGCAAGCUGAAGAGAUCGAGUCGAGAGUCCAAGCACCGAGAGAGCCGCAACGAUUCAAGCUUUCCCUUGGGGCCGCGGCACAGAAGGCGCAAGCAUCCACGAAGCGCAGAACAGUUGCCGAAGUUGAGGGCCUCCUGGAAGACGAGGAAGAAACCGGUACUACUGCCAAGCGACCUCUUACAGCGAUCAAAUUCGACACCGCAGCCGAAGUUGCCGGGCUUACCGAUGAGGAACGAGCUCAAGCCGCAAGACAGCUUGCCGCUGAGAUCCCAUCAGACAAAGAAGGACUUUGGAAGUGGGAAGUCAAGUGGGAGUUUGUGGAUGAGUCUAUCCUGGGAGAACAGCUCAAGCCGUUUGUUGAGAAGAAAAUUAUGGAAUAUCUCGGCGUCCAGGAGCAGAUGUUGGUUGACGUCGUAGAGGAGCAUGUGCGGAAGAGAGGUUCUCCACAGGAGCUAGUGGAGCAACUGGAUGGGGCGCUUGAUGAAGAGGCCGAAGUCCUUGUCAAGAAACUGUGGCGGAUGAUCAUCUUCUUUUCAGAAAGCGAAAAGAGGGGUCUUUCCGGCUGA